AUGCUGUUUUUGUUUCAGGUAAUGUCAAGACGGCUGGAAUUUGCAGCGGAUCGCUAUUCGGUAUCACUUGGUUACGCUGAUGAGCUCUGCCGGGCACUGAUAAAGCUCGGCAAGGAUAACCUAUCGUUGCCGGUCGAUGACCCGCUGUAUUCGAUGUGCAAUCACUCGCAUCCACCAAUCCCCGAACGGAUUUGUGCAAUCAACAAGAGUAAAUGA